GCGCGCACAAACACACACACACACACAAAUACACACACAGCGCGCACAAACACACACACACACAGACGCCCGCCAUGUCGGACCCCGCCGCGGACCUCCCCUUCUUCUACGGCAGCAUCAGCCGCUCGGAGGCGGAGGAGUGCCUGAAGCUGGCGGGCAUGGCGGACGGGCUGUUCCUGCUGCGGCAGUGCCUGCGCAGCCUGGGCGGCUACGUGCUGUCGCUGGUGUGGAACCUGCAGUUCCACCACUACUCGGUGGAGAAGCAGCUCAACGGCACCUACUGCAUCGCCGGCGGCAAGCCGCACUGCGGCCCGGCGGAGCUGUGCGAGUACUACAGCAAGGACUCCGACGGCCUGGUCAGCACCCUGCGCCGGCCCUGCCUGCGGCCCGCCGAAACGCCCGUCCGCACCGGCGUCUUCGAGAGCCUGCGCGACAACAUGCUGCGCGAGUACGUCCGCCAGACCUGGCACCUGGAGGGGGAGGCCAUGGAGCAGGCCAUCAUCAGCCAGGCCCCUCAGCUGGAGAAGCUGAUCGCCACCACCGCCCACGAGAAGAUGCCCUGGUACCACGGCAAGAUCGCGCGGCAGGAGGGCGAGCGGCGGCUCUACUCCGGCGCGCAGCCGGACGGCAAGUUCCUAGUUAGAGAUCGCGAGGAGUCGGGAACCUUCGCCCUGUCUCUGAUGUACGGCAAGACGACCUACCACUACCAGAUCCUGCAGGACAAGUCCGGGAAGUACUCCAUGCCCGAGGGAACCAAGUUCGAUACCGUCUGGCAGUUGGUGGAGUACCUCAAGAUGAAGCCUGAUGGAUUAGUGACCAUAUUGCGUGAAGCCUGCGUGAACCCCAACUGCGCCAUGGCUGCCACACCUACAGUGCCGCCAGUUAGGAGAACCCCUCAACCGAAUGGAUACACACCGCCACCUAAAGCCCUGGAGACCGUGCCGGCGGACCGGCGCACGCUGCCCAUGGACACCAGCGUGUACGAGAGCCCGUACAGCGACCCCGAGGCCCUGAAGGAGAAGAAGCUCUUCCUGAAGCGCGAGCAGCUCAUGAUCGACGAGGUGGAGCUGGGGUCCGGGAACUUCGGCUGCGUGAAGAAGGGGGUCUACAAGAUGAGAAAGAAGCACAUCGACGUGGCGAUCAAGGUGCUGAAGAGCGAAAACGAGAAGUCGGUGAAGGACGAGAUGAUGAAGGAGGCGGAGAUCAUGCACCAGCUGGACAACCCCUACAUCGUGCGCAUGAUCGGCCUCUGCGAGGCCGAGAACCUCAUGCUGGUCAUGGAGAUGGCUUCCUGCGGGCCGCUCAACAAGUUCCUGUCCUCCAAGAAAGAGCAGAUCUCUGUGGAGAACGUAGUGGAGCUGAUGCACCAGGUGUCUCUGGGUAUGCUGUACCUGGAGGAGAACAACUUCGUGCACCGGGACCUGGCCGCCCGCAACGUGCUGCUGGUCAACCAGCACUACGCCAAGAUCAGCGACUUCGGCCUGUCCAAGGCCCUGGGGGCCGAUGACAACUACUACAAGGCACGCACAGCAGGAAAAUGGCCUCUGAAGUGGUACGCUCCGGAAUCCAUCAACUACCGCAAGUUCUCCAGCAAGAGCGACGUGUGGAGCUACGGCGUCACCAUGUGGGAGGCCUUCUCCUAUGGCGGAAAGCCUUACAAGAAACUGAAGGGGUCGGAGGUGAACAGUUUCAUCGAGGAGGGGAAGCGCUUGCCCAGCCCCCCGGAAUGUCCCGAAACCAUGUACAGCCUGAUGAGGGACUGCUGGACGCACAAUCACGAGGAACGACCGAAUUUCGCCAAGGUGGAGGAGAGGAUGCGGGCCUACUACUACUCCACCUCCAAGAAGCCGCCCCCGGAGGAGAAGCCCGGAGCCGCCGCUGCCUCUGCAGACCCGCUCGGGGUCUAGACCACGCCUCCUCAGUUCUCGGGGCGGGCUCUUUAGCGCCCUCUACGGGCGCCUCUGUGAAUAACUGUAUCUCAACCUCCUCCUCUCCCC